UAUAGAGAAAUAGAGGGCAGAGGGGGAGAGCAAGAGAAAGACAAUGAAGACAGGAAAGAGAGGAUGGGGAGGCAUAGAAAAGUCAGUGGCAGAGAGAUAAACACACUCUGUAACGUUCGUCUCUCACUUUGUCUUUCCUGCAGGCUUUUCCCUCUGAGGGAGCAAGGGCUCAACCUCUAUGCUCAAGAACUCACUCAGGAGGAGAUCAAGGAAUUCCUAAGCACUCGGGAGGCCAAGCGGCGAUUCUUGUUGGCAUACACACUCAUGCUGGACUUUUACGGAAUCAAACUCCUGGAUAAGAUUGGGAAUGUCACCCGAGCUUCCAACUGGCAAGAACGCUUCCAGCACCUCAAUGAGUCACAGCACAACUACCUGCGGAUCACGCGCAUUCUCAAGUCUCUGGGUGAGCUUGGCUUCGAGGCCUUCAAAGCCCCCCUGGUGCGUCUGCUGCUGGACGAGGCUCUGUGUCGAGGCACCCUGCCCAACAUGCUGCACAGCAUCCUGGAGUACUACGUCUACACAAUCCGCCCACGCUCCCUCCGCCGCAGCCUGCUCCGCUACGCACGCCAGCACUACCAGCCGGCCAACACCUUCCUCUGGGGGCCCCCGACCAGGAGGAGAGGAGCUGGGGCUGGGCCAGGACCCAUCCUGGAGAGGGAGAGGAGCGGAGGAGACCCCCAUAGGGCUCGUAAUCCGCUGACGAAGCAGGACUCAGGUGGAGGGGGGGAUGGGGGAGGAGAGGGGAAGGGAACCAAGGGCUGUACCGCUUCCACGAAAUCCCUCCAGGAGGCGGUGAAGGGCGAGUACAUUGAGACUGUACCACUGGAAGACUGAAGGGAUAAUAGUUUUUUUUUUGUGGGGGGGGGGGGUGCAUUGUAGAAAUACUGGCCCAUGCAAUGUUUUUAUGGACUUAAAAGUCGUAGCUAAGUUGUAGUAGCUAAGUUUGGUAUGCAGCACAAUCCUUAACGUUAACCUACUCUUGCAAUGUUUCUCUCUAUCACAAUGUAUUUUGUCCUUUUGUAUUGAUUGACUGCACUUGGCAAUCCACUCAUAAUUGUACAGACCCUUCUAGCCAAGCAGAUCACAUUUAGGAGUUAGCAUACAACAAACAGCCUGAUUGGUUGGAAGUAUGAAACAAACAAUCUGAUAGGAUAUAAACAAUAUAAACAACUGCUUGACAAGGCG